GCUUGCGGCAACUCCAGAGCCUCUCUUUGCAGGUUGCCACUGCUCAGCCCAUCAUCUCUUUGGGCACUUUGCUGGCGGAGGACAGAGAAACCCCUGCACCUCAUUUUUCCUGGCAAUCCACCCACCCGAAAUACCAGCUGCCAGGAUGCCAUCCCGCCUGCCAGCGCCAUGCAGAGGCUUCUGCACAAUCUCACGCUCAGCCCUGCUGCUCCCCAGCAGGACCAAAGCGAUGGGGAACCUGUGUUUCAUGUUCAUCUUCAUCUCCCUGCUCGCUCACGCCCUUCUGGUGGUGGGACACCCACCCACGUUCAGCCAUGAGGAUCCUCCAGCUGGUCUUUGCCAUCGUUGUCAUUCUCCUCCUCCAGGAUGCACCUGCAAGAGGUUUUUCAGACAGCCAGCUGUGCAGGAACAACCAUGGCCACUGCCGGAGGCUCUGCUUCCACAUGGAGAGCUGGGCUGGGAGCUGCCUGAACGGCCGCCUGCGCUGCUGCAGGGUCUCCACCAAGCAGCCCUUUUCCAACCCUAAACUUUCAGUGCUGCACACAGAAGAGCAGGACCCUUCCCCAAGCCUGGGAGGGACGUGA